UUGAGUGUGUUUGUCUAUGUGCUACAGAGGAGAUCAUGGGACACAUCAACACAGAUUUGGAUUUUUGACAUUUGCAUUGUUACCUCCAUCACUGACUAAUGAUUAAUCAACAGAAAAUUGGUAUCACCACAUAAAGUAAAGAAAACCUACUGUACAGAAAUGUAAAAAGAACACUAACUAUUAUACUGUAAUACUACUGAUAAUAUACUGAAAUACUACUGAUAAUAUACUGUAAUACUACCGAUAUACUGUAAUACUAUUGAUAAUAUACUGUAAUACUAUUGAUAAUAUACGGUAAUACUACCGAUAUACUGUAAUACUAUUGAUAAUAUACUGCUGCCGAGGCACGGCAUCAUGGCUGGAACACAGAAGUCCGACCAGUGGAGGUGGGCUGCAGAGGUUUUGUGGCGACAUCUACAACCAGACAGCUUAGAGACCUGGGAAUUAAGGGCCAGAGCCAGCGUUCGGCAAUCACAGCUGUAUCAGAGGCGGCAGAAGGCAGCAGUCAAUGGCUCUGGAUGAAGAGGAAAGACCCCAGCUGGGCCCCGAAGUGAGAGGGCCAGGAGGUAUGCGGUCAACAAUGCUUGACUCAGGGAGGAGGACGCCCCUGCCAUGCAUAGUCCCAUGGGAUGUUGGCUAUCAACAACAAGGCAACUCCUUUGACUAAUUGGGAAUGGGACGCAAGCGUAGGAUUGAUCACCCUGUCGCUGGCCGCCUUUGGGGAGGGUGUAUAGUGUGAAAGGCCGAAACACCCUAAGAACCAAAGGGACACAACAUCUUCUCCAAGCUGUCAUCCAGAGAAUAUAGUUUACCUUAUGCAGCUGUUGAAACAGUCCAUCCUGGCCACAGACCUCACGCUCCACUUUAUGAACGGGAACAUGGUUUCUGAGCGGGUCGACUGGAAUGUGAAAGGCCACAGAGACGUGUAUAGCCAGACAACUGGAUGUUUUAUCUGAGAUCAUGACUGCCUGAACUCUCCCAGGUCCAUGUUGAUGACAGCGUGUGACUUGGGGUCCGUCACCAAAAACGCUGAGAAAUAUCACACAAGCUAUCUGCGCCGAAAAACACAAGUCCCUUGGCUGAAUGUAGAAGCCUACCCCUGACCUAGAAUCACCCAAACUCGCUCCUCCGGACACCAAGGGGUGCACGUUGUGAUCCUUUUAAUACACAGCUGAUUUUUAAAAAUCUGCUAAUCACCAAACUUUGAUCAUUUGAAUCAGCUGUGUAUUGUUACACAGCUGAUCUCUAUGUAUAGUACUGUAUUCUCCAUGUAUAGUACUGUAUUCUACAUGUAUAGUACUGUAUUCUCCAUGUAUAGUACUGUAUUCUACAUGUAUAGUACUGUAUUCUCCAUGCAUAGUACUGUAUUCACCAUGUAUAGUACUGUAUUCUCUAUGUAUAGUACUGUAUUCUCUAUGUAUAGUACUGUAUUCUCCAUGUAUAGUACUGUAUUCUACAUGUAUAGUACUGUAUUCUACAUGUAUAGUACUGUAUUCUACAUGCAUAGUACUGUAUUCUACAUGCAUAGUACUGUAUUCUCCAUGUAUAGCACUGUAUUCUCCAUGUAUAGCACUGUAUUCUCCAUGUAUAGCACUGUAUUCUCCAUGUAUAGUACUGUAUUCUCCAUGCAUAGUACUGUAUUCUACAUGCAUAGUACUGUAUUCUCCAUGUAUAGCACUGUAUUCUCCAUGUAUAGCACUGUAUUCUCCAUGUAUAGCACUGUAUUCUCCAUGUAUAGUACUGUAUUCUCCAUGUAUAGUACUGUAUUCUCUAUGUAUAGUACUGUAUUCUCCAUGUAUAGUACUGUAUUCUCCAUGCAUAGUACUGUAUUCUCCAUGCAUAGUACUGUAUUCUACAUGUAUAGUACUGUGUUCUACAUGUAUAGUUCUGAGGAAAGCACUAAGGUUAGUGAUGAGGAUACAGUAUAUUGCAUACUACUUUUCAUGCAGGUACUGUAUUGUGUGCAUCAUAUCAUACUGCACAGCGCUGACAGAGGAAUGAAUAAGGAGAGUCAGCUCUCUUUCUCUGUGUGUGUGUGUGUGUGUGUGUGUGUGUGUGUGUGUGUGUGUCUGUGUGUGUCUGUGUGUGUGUGUGUGUGUGUGUGUGUGUGUGUGUGUGUGUGUGUGUGUGUGUGUGUGUGUGUGUGUGUCUGUGUGUGUGUGUCAAAUCAAAUGCGCCAAAUACAAGUCACAUGCGCCAAAUACAAUCUUACAGUAUAAUGCUUACUUACAAGCCCUUAACCAACAAUGCAGUUCAAGAAAGAGUUGAGAAAAUAUUUACUAAAUAAAAUAAAAAAAUAAAUUGUAACACAAGAAAAAUACAUAACAAUAACGAGGCUAUAUACAGUGUGUGUCUGUUUGUGUGAUUGAGCCAGGUCAUGACCUCUGCAGCAGUGAGUGUGUGUGAGAGACAGAGGAGGACCCAUGAUAAUGGCAAGGAGAGUUAGAGACCUGAAGCACAGAGAACCUCUAUAUCUCCUCUCCUUCUGUCUAACCAUGUCUCUCUCUCUCUCUGUAUCUCUUCUCCUUCUGUCUAACCAUGUCUCUCUCUCUCUGUAUCUCUUCUCCUUCUGUCUAACCAUGUCUCUCUCUGUAUCUCUUCUCCUUCUGUCUAACCAUGUCUCUCUCUCUGUAUCUCUUCUCCUUCUGUCUAACCAUGUCUCUCUCUCUGUAUCUCUUCUCCUUCUGUCUAACCAUGUCUCUCUCUCUGUAUCUCUUCUCCUUCUGUCUAACCAUGUCUCUCUCUCUCUGUAUCUCUUCUCCUUCUGUCUAACCAUGUCUCUCUCUCUGUAUCUCUUCUCCUUCUGUCUCUCUCUCUGUAUCUCUUCUCCUUCUGUCUAACCUUCUCUCUCUCUGUAUCUCUUCUCCUUCUGUCUAACCAUGUCUCUCUCUCUCUCUCUCUCUCUCUCUCUGUAUCCCCUCUCCUGUCUACUGCGCUGGAAUACUGAUGCUGGAAGACACUGCAGGCCAGGAAGGGGUAUAGAGACAUCUCGCAGUAUGUGACAUCCUGUUUGUACUAUCUACAGGAACUCCUCUGUAUGGAAACUUGCAGGAAGGAACAGACAAUGGUGGUCAACGUCAUCUUAAUCUACAAAGACAAGCUAAACGCCUUUUAUACACUAUGUUUCCUCACCCCUGGUUAUACACAUCUGCUUACUGCCACAUAGACAAAGAGGUUGGAUUUUUCUAUAAAAGCUGAGAGCCACACCUCUGUUCGUUGAGCUUUCAACUCUGACUAUUCUUCGUGACGGUUGUUUCAUUUUUGCAAAUCUUAUAAUAAAAUUGUUGUCUCUCUUCCUAUAGAAUUUCUCUGACAAUUCUUGCAUGUUUUGUUUUGUUUCGUACAUUUUUUCCCCCCACAAUGAAUAAUGUACUUAGUGCUGAAGGUGAUCUUCCAUUAUCUAACCUUCUCACUAUCGCUCUAUCUCGCUCUCUCUCUCUUCAGGCAUUGGUGAAAAUCAACCCCCAGCUCCAGCCAAUGGUUGACUUGAUCUGGGCUAACACACCCAAGUGGGAGGAACUGGAUAAAGAGAGACAACACAGCCAGAGUGAGUCCAAACCCACAAGUCAUUGUAGCAGUGACACCACAGAAACAAGAAGUUGUUCUUUGGGUGACACACCUUGCUGUGCAUGUGACCCUCCUAAACUAACAUUCAAACUCCUGCUACCUUUCCAGGCAAUCUUUCCUCUACCUCUUAGCUUCUGCACUCUUCACCGCAGCAUGAAAAAUAGGCAUUGCAGUGCAUUCAUAGACUGACCAGGUGAAUCCAGGUGAAAGCUAUGAUCCCUUAUUGAUGUCACUUGUUAAAUCCACUUCAAUCAGUGUAGAUGAAGGGGACAGAGACAGGUUUUUAAGCCUUGAGACAAUUGUAUGCCAUUCAGAGGGUGAAUGGGCAAGACAAAAUAUUUAAGUGCCUUUGAACAGGGUAUGCUAGUAGGUGCCAGGUGCACCAGUUUGAGUCAAGAACUGCAAUGCUGCUGGGUUUUUCACGCUCAACAAUUUCCCUGUGUGUAUCAAGAAUGGUCCACCACCCAAAGUACAUCCAGCCAACUUGACACAACUGUGGGAAGCAUUGGAGUCAACAUGGGCCAGCAUCCCUGUGGAACACUUUAGACACCUUGUAGAGUCCAUGUCCUGACAAAUUGGGGCUGUUCUGAGAUCAAAGGGGGGCGGGGGGUGUGGGGGGGUGCAAUUCAAUAUUAGGAAGGUGUUCCUAAUGUUUGGUAUACUCAGUGAAUGUAAUGUUACAUUAGAAGUAUUACUGAAGAGUACUGAAUAUACACUGUAUAUACAAAAGUAUGUGGACACCCCUUCAAAUAACUGGAUCUGGCUAUUUCAGCCACACCCGUUGCUGACAGGUGUAUAAAAUCAAGCACACAGCCAAAGCAUUCUCCAUUGACAAACAUUGGCAGUAGAAUGGCCUUACUGAAGAGCUCAGUGACUUUCAACGUGGCACCAUCAUAGGAUGCCACCUUUCCAACAAGUCAGUUAGUCAAAUUUCUGCCCUGCUAGAGCUGCCCCGGUCAACUGUAAGUUCUGAAGUGGAAACGUCUAGGAGCAACAACGGCUCAGCUGCGAAGUGGUUGGCCACAAAAGCUCACAGAACGGGACCGCCGAGUGCUGAAGCGCGUAAAAAUCGUCUGUCCUCGGUUGCAACACUCAUUACCACAUUCCAAACUGCCUCUGGAAGCAACGUCAGCACAAGAACUGUUCGUCGGGAGCUUCAUGAAAUGGGUUUCCAUGGCAGAGCUGCCGCACACAAGCCUAAGAUCACCAAGCAUCUGCUGGAGGGGUGUAAAGCUCACUGCCAUUGGACUCUGGAGCAGUGGAAACACAUUCUCUGGAGUGACGAAUCACGCUUCACCAUCUGGCAGUCCGACGGAUGAAUCUGGGUUUGGCGGAUGCCAAGAGAAUGCUACCUGCCCGAAAUCAUAGAGCCAACUGUCAAGUUUGGUAGAGGAGGAAUAAUGUUUUGGGUCUCUUUUCAUGGUUCGGGCUAGGCCCCUUAGUUCCAGUAAAGGGAAAUCUUAAAGAUACAGCAUACAAUGACAUUCUGGACAAUUCUGUGCUUCCAACUUUGUGGCAAGUUUGGGAAAGGCCCUUCCUGUUUCAGCAUGACAAUGCCCCCGUGCACAAAGCGAGGUCCAUACAGAAAUGGUUUGUCGAGAUCGGUGUGGAAGAACUUGACUGGCCUGCACAGAGCCCUGACCUCAACCCUAUCAAACACCUUUUCGCCCAACAUCAGUGUCCGACCUCACUAAUGCUCUUGUGGCUGAAUGGAAGCAAGUCCCCUCAGCAAUGUUCCAACAUCUAGGGGAAAGCCUUCCCAGAAGAGUGAAGGCGGUAAUAGCAGCAAAGGGGGAACCAACUCCAUAUUAAUGCCCAUGAUUUUGGAAUGAGAUGUUCGACGAGCAGGUGUCCACAUACUUUUACAUUAGAAGUAUAACUAUAUGUCAUGUAACAUUAGAAGUCUUACUAUGUCACUGGCUCCAGGUCAUCUACAAGACCCUGCUAGGUAAAGUCCCCCCUUACCUCAGCUCGCUGGUCACCAUAGCAGCACCCACCUGUAGCACGCGCUCCAGCAGGUAUAUCUCUCUGGUCACCCACAAAGCCAAUUCCUCCUUUGGCCGCCUCUCCUUCCAGUUCUCUGCUGCCAAUGACUGGAACAAACUACAAAAAUCUCUGAAACUGGAAACACUUAUCUCCCUCAAUAGCUUUAAGCACCAGCUCAGAGCAGCUCACAGAUUUCUGCACCUGUACAUAGCCCAUCUAUAAUUUAGCCCAAACAACUACCUCUUCCCCUACUGUAUUUAUUUAUUUAUUUUGCUCCUUUGCACCCCAUUAUUUAUACACUGCUCAAAAAAAUAAAGGGAACACUUAAACAACACAAUGUAACUCCAAGUCAAUCACACUUCUGUGAAAUCAAACUGUCCACUUAGGAAGCAACACUGAUUGACAAUAAAUUUCACAUGCUGUUGUGCAAAUGGAAUAGACAAAAUGUGGAAAUUAUAGGCAAUUAGCAAGACACCCCCCAAAACAGGAGUGAUUCUGCAGGUGGUGACCACAGACCACUUCUCAGUUCCUAUGCUUCCUGGCUGAUGUUUUGGUCACUUUUGAAUGCUGGCGGUGCUCUCACUCUAGUGGUAGCAUGAGACGGAGUCUACAACCCACACAAGUGGUUCAGG